UCACCUCAAUAAAAUGAUGUUUUUUAGACUACUGGCUAUUAUUCUUGCAGUAUUUCACACAUGGCCGCUAAACAGGGCUCAGCCAGAUCAUAUCCAGAAGUAUAAGCGGACACUGGCACAGAGAGCGGAUCGAGCGCUUGCUGGAGAACAGUGCGGCUCAAUCAGCGGCAAGCGGCUGCCGCGCUCCGCGGCGCAGCAGUACCCUCUAACGGGCGUCGCUGGGCGGUACACUCGCUUGAUAGACUUACAAAGUAAAACGGUGAGGUCGUGUUCAGGUGAGUGCGACUCUAGUGGCAUAGAUGCGGUUGAGUUAACUAACUGGGAUAUUAAUGAGAGGGAGAUAUUUGAUGAACCCCAAGAAGAGACUUUCAUAUGGAAGAAAGAAGGCAAACGGUUACAGAGGGCCACUGAUUCUGGCUCUAGAAAGUCCAUAUCAAAAGGACACCCUUUACAGACAGAACAGGGAGGUGAAUUGACAGACAGCUUGUCCUCGCUAAGAAGGGUUGCAAGGAGGCUUCUGGAGUUCAAGAAAGAAGAAGUCCAAAACGAUACACACCACACUGACUUCUCUACAGAAAAUGAAGAGUAUUCCGGGGAGCAAGAGGGACUGCAGAGCACUGCUGGGGAGCUGUGGAGUGAAGAUGUACGCAAUGUGCCCGCAAAGUGGAUGACAGCCAUGUAUUUUGGCGGCCAGGCGGAGCAACUAAAGGUGAACCCUGCCUUUGGCAUAGACCUGCCCCACUCCAGGUUCACUUUAGAGCUGUGGGUCAAGCCGGAGGGUGGCCAGAAUAAUCCUGCCAUCAUUGCAGGCAUGUUUGACAACUGCUCGUAUCCCUUGAGCGAAAAAGGUUGGUCUGUUGGGAUUCGAGCAGCAGACCCUACAGGAAGAAAAGAUGGCAGGUUUUUCUUCUCACUUCGCACGGAUCGGGCGCUCAAAUCCACCACUAUCAUCGCGCCCCAGCGCUACCAGCCCAACAGCUGGACUCAUGUGGUGGCCAGUUAUGACGGCCACAAGAUGGCGCUGUACGUAGACAACUCCAAGGUUGGCGAGAGCAGAGAACAGUCGGGCGACUUAUACAGUCCCUACAUCAAGGCCUGUCGCCUGUUUUUGCUUGGCGGGGACCAGUCAGAUCACGAACACAGUUUCCGCGGACAUUUGGGAGGUGUUGCGCUAUGGGGUUAUGUGCGUACUCACGAAGAACUUCUUAAAGGUUACCAAUCGCAUGCAGAGAAACAAACUCUGAUAUUGUCCCAGUGGGCAGAUUUCUCCAAGGUUGAGAAUCAGUGGGCGCCCUACAAAGACCGUCACAACCUAGUCAUUGUGGCUCUUCCUGUCCCCGAGCGGCAACUUGUUUCUCCAUUUCUUCCGCCUCCAUGUGGCGUGACCGUGUGUGACAAUGCCGACUUCGCCCUCAGUUACAACCAGCACUGGCAACUGCGAGCCGAGAAGCGCCUACGCUACCGCAUCGUGAACAUCUGUAAGGAUAACGGCAGCGACCCUACGGUCUCUCUCCAGCAGAUCCAGCUCCAACACCAGGCCUUGGAAGACGCCUUCCGUCCUUACAACAUCACCCUUGAGCUCAGCAUUCACACCAUCUACAACUCUUCCCUCCAACGGCGCUUCAUCCUCAGCAACUGCCACAUUGCCAAGGUGGGGAACCGCCACUGCGAUCCCGAGUGCGACCAUCCUCUUACGGGCCACGAUGGGGGCGACUGCUUGCGCAUGGGGCCCUGCUACAACUGGAAGCGGAGGGAUGGAGUCUGCAACCCCGAGUGCAACAGCAUUCACUAUGAUUAUGAUGAUGGUGAUUGCUGUGACCCCGAGGUCACAGAUGUCGCAAAGACCUGCUUUGAUCCAGAGUCUUCUCAGAGGGCUUAUCUGAGCGUGAAGGAACUGAAGGAGCUGCUCCAUCUGAGCAGUUCAGACACUCUCAACGUGUUCUUCGCUAAUAAUUCGGCACGCGAGGAGCUUGCUGGGGUUGCCACCUGGCCAUGGGCAAAAGAAGCUCUUACUCAUCAAGGCGGAAUGAUUCUUAACCCCUCCUACUUUGGCACCAAAGGACACAACAACACCAUGAUCCAUGAGAUGGGUCAUAUUUUGGGACUGGAAGGUGACAUGAGCUGUCAUCUCUGUGAUGAGAAUGGAGCGCUCCAUCAGUACGCCUAUGAGGCCACUUCUCCUCACGCCUGUGAUUCCACUGGAUACUGGACACCAGAGGAAGCAGUGGGGGCCCCUGAUGUGUACCAGCCAUGUGAGCCCAGCAUGCAAGCCUGGAGUCCUGAAGUUAACCUGUAUGAGCCCAACAUGACUACGCCAUGCCCCCAGAUCGAGGGCUGUGUGUUGGAAUUGCACUUCCUUCACCCAGUUGUCCCUGACAGUUUGACCGUAUGGAUCACUUACACCUCAGCCAAUCAAAAGGCAAUUGCUAAUAUAGUGCUCAUAACUGAGAAUGGCGAGAUGCUCCACACAGGUCCUCAGCAUGCUUUCUGUGACAUUCCUUUGACCCUCCAUUUACAUACUAGUAAGAAGGUCAAGGCCGUUAAAAUCUCCACCUUUGAUAAGAAGCUGGAGAUCGAUGCUGUUUUGCUGACCUCGCGGCCCCAAAAUCCUCUCUGCUCUGGCUGCCACCCCCUUCUCUACAGAGUGCUUAGAGAACCACCAAUCAGAGAGGACCAGAGUCCCAUCAUCGUCAAACAGCCCACAUACACUGACAGUGAUGUGCAGAGAGACGUUCAGUACCUGUACAGGAUCCAGGUGGAAUCAGACGGUUUGUUCAGUGAACUUUCCCCAGGCCUGGUUUACACUCAUGGAGAACAUUUCUGUGGUGAUGGCACACUACAGGGGACUGAGGAUUGUGAUGACGGGAAUCUCUUAGAUGGAGACGGCUGCUCAAAAAAAUGCCAAGUUGAACCAGGUUUCAAGUGUCAUGGUCGGCCGAGCCUGUGCUAUGUUUUUGAAGGGGACGGAGUGUGUGAGGAGUUCGAAAGACGUUCCAGCAUCCAGGACUGUGGCUUUUUCACUCCCCAGGGGUUCACUGAUCAGUGGGCGUCCACCGCCUCGGGCUCGCAUCAGGACGAGAGCUGCCCUGCCUCAAAGGUCAACGGGGAGCCUGUGCUCACUCAGAUGUGCAAGUCGCAGUAUUUUGACAUUAAUGAAGUAGUGGCUCAUGACGCCUGGAGCCCCUGUACUGCCCAUUUGAAUGGUUACUAUACUCAGGAUCAGCCUGUCUGGCUAAAGGUAGGAUUUGAGCGACCGGGUGUAGCAGCCUCUGUUAUUAUCUACCUUGCCUAUGAUGGUAGUUGGCAUGGCGAAAAUUGCAGGAAAACAGUGACCAUUGAACUGUGUGACACCACCGGCAAAAAACACAAUCUUGGUUCGUACGAGCUGUCAUGUCAGUAUAACCCCCUAGUGGUGAAUGUGACUCAUAACCUGAGUGUGCCCUUCUACCAGACUUCAGCAGUGCAGCUCAACUUCUCCUCCUCUCAAGUGGCGGUGUUGGCGGUUGCAUUGCGUACAUCUUGUCACUUCAGCGCCUUUGCCCUGACCGGAUGUGUGCGUAGGCUGUGCAGUACUGAGUCAUGCAGUCCUCUAAACGUCGAACAUGCUUCAGUCCGCUGUACUCCAGUCAUAGACUCCAAACACUGCUCUGUUUCUUGUCAUCGUGGCUAUACGCUCACCGUUCUCCAUGGCCAGGGCCUUCCUUCUCAUCAAACGGAAGCAGAGCUGAUUUGUGUGCAUGGAGUGUGGGACCGUGUAGUGAGCUGUCAGCCAGUGGACUGCGGCCCACCUCCUCAGUCUCACGUCUACUUUGCCUCCUUCUCGUGUCCCUGGGGCACCACAUUCGGCAAGCAGUGCACCUUUUCCUGUAACGCCCCGGCGAUCCUGCAAGGUGAAAGUGACACAUUGGUUUGUCUUGAGGAUGGACUAUGGUCAUAUCCAGAGGCUUACUGCAAGAUUGAGUGUUCGGAUCCACCUUCUGUACCCAGUGCCACGCUGCUAGUUCCUCAGUGUCAUGGAGGCGGGCAUGACGUGGGCACUGUGUGCCGCUACAAAUGCAACCCGGGAUAUUACGUCACUGGCACACUCAACAAAAAGCCAAAAAAGAAGUUUCUGAGGUUGGAGUGUUUGGAGGGUGGGAUGUGGCAAGAGGGCAGCUGUUCACCUGUCACAUGCCCUCCUCUCCUGCUGAUGUUUGAGGGCAUGUACACCUGCACCAACAAUUUGGAUUUCGAUAGUAUCUGCACCCUACAGUGUCCCGAACCAACAGAAAGGUCAAGCAUUCGAUGCACCAAAGAUGGCAAAUGGACUGAGGACUUUACUAUGUGUAAGAAGAUAGAGGGACCGUGCCAGCCUCCUCUUGACCUUAACCUGGUGGAAUACAGCUGUGAGGAGGGCUUUGACGUGGGUGCAGUCUGUUACCCAACAUGCAUUGUGGCCUUGAGUGACCCUGUGGUGUUAGCCAAUGGCUCCAGUGCUGAUACAGUAGAGCACUGGAUGCUUCCCAGCAAGGUGCAGAGUAUUGUCUGUACUGGCAUGUUGAAGUGGCAUCCGAAUCCAGCACAGAUCUACUGCAUUCAGUCCUGUGAGCCAUUUGGAGGAGAUGGUUGGUGCGACACCAUUAACAACCGAGCGUACUGCCAGUAUGACGGGGGAGACUGCUGCCCAUCCACUCUCUCAUCUAGAAAGGUCAUUCAAUUCGGGGUGGACUGCGAUCAAGAUGAGUGCACCUGCCGUGACCCUGAAGCCGAGGAGAACAAGGGCACAGCCAAGCGAAAGGAGCCAGGAGCGCUGUGAAUGAUAGCGAGGCGGAGAGCGCGCGGACAGCUCUCAGAUUGGCUUGAAAAGAAAAUGCCAAACAAUAACCUGAAUGUUUCUCACUCCACAUGAGAGCGAGGCUGAUCAAAGGCAGUAAUUCAAACCACAGAAGUGCAUAACAACAAUCCUCUUCAACACUAAUCUAUGAAAUAAUACCUAAUAUAUUUUCAAGAUCUCUAACAUAGAUGUAGAUAUGACCCAUAUUUUAACCCACAAGCAUUUACGUACACCAUCACACACACACACACACACACACACACACACAAACAAAUAUCAAGUGUAGCUGAUUUUUAUGAAUAUUUUAUACCAAUAGCUCUUGCUUGUUGUGAGCCACAUUCUCAAUAUUACUUCCACCUAUAUGUCAUUAAUACAGGUAUAUAAACAAGUGCUUAUCUCAGACUGUCAGUUCAAGAUUUCAAGAUUUUUUUCCCUCGCCUUAUCCUUAUUUUAUACCCUCUACAUGUACAUGCAAACCUGUGAAAUGCAUGUGUGCUUUGGGAAAAGAGUUCAUGUAUAGCGAUUGUAAUGGAAAUAUAUGAUACUAUUUUUGUAUGCUCUUCUGUAUGUUAAAGUGUAGGUGCACUGUCAUAUCAAUAAAGUAUAAAUACACACAAGUUUAGUGGGUUUAAAAGA